GCAUCUACUCCGUUCGUCCCCUGCUUACAUUGUUUUCCCGCGUCUUUGAGACUUCCGUUGAGAUAUAUUGGGCUCACCGGCAAAUGAGACUGUUUGCCUGUGAUGAAAUAGACAGCCUGAUUGGGCAUACAUCAUGUAUGCCAAUUAUUGUCUGGAACAAACAGUUCCCGGUGGUAAAAUUUGUCGCAACCUUAUUGAAUCGACCGUUGAACUUUAAACCAUUGAUAAUUUCCCAGACCGCCGCCCAUCGUGUACUAUACGCAGCCACCCAACACAUUAGUUAUGCACUUGGACGAAACAAGCUAAGAUUACUGUCUGAUGUGCAGUCUACAGACUCGUUUACCGCUGUCAAACCACGACGGUGCCGGUGAGUCGAUAUCGGAGACUAAACUACUCCUCCUGUGACAUCCUGUCAGUCCCAUAGACCCUCCCAAGUACUCCCAAUUGCCUCCAUUAGCCAU